AUGAGGUGUGAAGAGGAAGGAAUACAUCAGCACAAGUACAGUGUGGAUCUCACUGGGUUUCAGGGCAGCCACAAGAGGGCAGCUGGCCAGCACUUCUGGAGGCAGCUUCAGGCUGUAGGGGAGACCCUGGGGUCCUGUCCUGUUACUGUAAUGGCAGCUGAGAGAGCAGAGGAGGUGGCCAUGGCCAACUUUUACAAUUUGGUAUUGGAUUUUUUUUCCAACACCUUCCUCCUUCUCUUCCACAUCUUCACGCUUCUGCUGGAUCACAGGCCUAAACCCUCUGACAUGAUCAUCUGUCACUUGGCCUUUGUCCACGUAAUAAAACUCUUCGCUGCACUGUUUCUAUUGUCUACAGACGUGUUUGAAGCUCUGAACUUUCUAAAUGAUUUCAAAUGUAAGUCUUUAUUCUGCAUGAUCAGAGUGACACGGGCUCUCUCCAUGAGCACCACCUGCCUCCUGAGCACCCUCCAGGCCAUCAUCAUCAGCCCCAGCACGUCCUGGUUGGGCAGGUUUAAACAUAAGUGCACAAAGUACAUCUUCCAUUCUUUUAUCCUCCUAUGGUUUCUUAGUUUGUUUCUCAAUAGUAACUGUAUCUUGUAUACUGCUGCUGCUUCUAACGUGACCCAGCGUAAUCUACUGCAUGUCAGUAAAUACUGUUCACUUUCUCACAUAAACUCCAUCCUCAGGGGACUGUUUUUCACUUUGACAUUACCCAGGGAUGUUUUCUUCAUAGGAUACAUGCUGCUCUCAAGUGCAUACAUGGUGGUUCUCUUGUCCGGGCAUCAGAGGCGGUGCCAGCACCUCCACAGCACCAGCCUCUCCUCACGAGUCUCCCCAGAGGGAAGGGCCACCCAGACCGUUCUGUUGUUGGUGAGUUUCUUCAAGGUCAUGUACUGCGUGGACGUCAUCAUCUCCUUCUCCUCAACUCUGUUAUGGAGCUAUGACCCCAUCAUCCUGGAUGUCCAGAAGCUUGUGUCCAAUGUCUAUGCCACUGUCAGUGCAUUGGUGCUAAUUAGUUCUGACAAAAGGAUAAAAAUGUGUUUCAAAAGUGUUGGAAAAUUAUAA